GCUGCACGCAGGAGAGGGGGGCAGAAGCCGAAUGGUGGAGCUGAAGAUGGCGGAUGGUGACAGCGGGAGUGAGCGCGGUGGAAGUAGCGGGGGAGGAGGCGGCUUCCAGCACUUCCAAAGGGACCAGGAGACCCAGGAGCUCGCGUCCAAGCGCCUGGACAUACAGAACAAGCGCUUCUACCUGGAUGUUAAGCAGAACAGCAAGGGCAGGUUCAUCAAAAUCGCUGAGGUUGGGGCCGGGGGCUCCAAAAGUCGUUUGACCCUCUCGCUGUCAGUGGCGGCGGAGUUCCGUGACUACCUCGGAGAUUUUAUCGAGCACUACGCCCAGCUGGGGCCUAGCAGUCCGGAGCAGAUAGCCCAAGCCACCGCGGGUGAGGACGGUGGGCCCAGGAGAGCUCUCAAGAGCGAGUUUCUCGUCCGGGAAAACCGCAAGUACUACCUGGACUUGAAGGAGAACCAACGGGGGAGGUUCCUGCGGAUCCGGCAGACCGUAAACCGCGGACCUGGGUUUGGAGUCGGGGGCCCAGUUGGCGGUAUGCUGUCCGGCCAGACCAUAGCUCUUCCGGCGCAGGGGUUAAUAGAGUUUAGAGACGCCCUUGCUAAGCUUAUAGAUGAUUACGGGGGUGACGACGAGGAGUUAACGGGGGCAACGGCUGCCGGGGGAUACGGUGAGCUCCCCGAGGGCACCUCCAUCAUGGUGGACUCCAAGCGGUUCUUUUUCGACGUCGGGUCCAACAAAUAUGGAGUGUUCCUGCGCGUGAGCGAAGUGAAGCCCAGCUACAGGAACUCUAUCACCAUCCCGUUUAAAGCCUGGAGCAAAUUCGGAGGGGCUUUCUGCAGAUACGCCGAGGAGAUGAAGGAGAUCCAGGAGCGGCAGAGGGAUAAGAUGUACGAGAGGAGAGAUGAGUCCGAGGGGGACGACGUGGAUGACGACUGAUAAAAAUAAAAUGAAACGGCUGUUAGUCCAGCUACACGACAGAUCUGCAACAUAGGGGUAUUUUACAUAAAAGAAAAAAAGCAGAAAUGACAGAUGAAGUGCAUGACAAAUCGUGCUGUAAUAGCAUACUAAAGUAUUGUGGCGUAAAAAGUACAUGUGCAGGGAAUUAUUGGUGUAUUAUCCUAAAGUUUGUAGGGUUGAGGGUUGAAGUGGUUGUGUGAGUUUCUGAAAGUGAAAUGUGUAGCUAAAUGAGAUGUCUCAUUGGUUGAAGAAAAAAAGAGGAGUGAGUUAUGCUUUAUUGUUUAAACUAAAGUAAAGAGAGAACAUACUAAAACCAGCAGAUUGGUUUUUAUAACUAGAAAUGAAGCCAAUGAUUGCUUUCCGGUUUGUAACAUAGUUUAUAUUUUAAGAGUGAGGACCUGUUAAAGAGGAUUCCCUUGCUCAGUUUCAGGAUGCAUCCAUCCUGUUCCAGUCCAGGUCUCUCUUCCUGAAGGGCAGUUUGCGGGAUUUUUGCAAGUCAAUCAGAGGAACCUGAGAGGAUUGUAUAGAGAGCUGCUGCCACUGUGUGGAUGCUGUACACCAGAUGGAGAGCUGUCAAACAAGCAUGCAGCAGCUGCAGCAUCUGCAGGCCAUUAAUAAAAAAGAUUACCCAAAAUGUCAGGGGGAAGUUACUGAGAGGAUUAUCUGUAAGCCCAAACAACAAGGGCCUCAUAGAAUGAAUUAAAGCUUUGACUCCAGCAGUCAAUUACAGUAUGGAUCAGCUGGGUUUUAUGUUAUACAUACAAUCUUAGCAAAGUAUAAUUCAUCGUAUAUUCACUGCAAGGAAAAGCAGUCUGUUUUCACAUCAGAGCAUCCCUGGUGUUUGAGGACAGCUGCUUUAGACAAGUAGGUAGUGGACUUCACCUGGAACAAUACAGAUCUACGACUUUUUCUAAGUUUAUUUGCUCCCACACACAAGGGUCCAAAUAUCAGGCAGUUGGUCAGAGAGCGCCACAUCAGAUGAAGCGAGGCGUUUUUCCAUCAACCUCUCUGUGGUCAUCAGAACUGGACAGAGGGGCGUCCAGUCUCGCUGCAGGUCGUUUUUUUUCAACAUCUUCCAACACAUGACGACCCUGGACAGAAACGCGUUGAUGGAUGUUUUCUUUGUUUGUUUUUUUUUUUUUCUUUUCCAAAAGAAAUAUAUUGAAAUGAAAUUCUACUUAUAGGAAAGAUAUUAUCAAACAAACAAGCAGAAGAUAUUUUCAGAUACUUAUAUAAAAAAUGUAUUGUCUAAAAGAAUUUCCAGACUAAAAAAUAAAGAAAGGUUAAUUUCUUAAAACAAACUUGUGAGUCAAAUUUCCAAAUUAUUUUUCAUUUUGUUUUUCCCAGAGUGACAAUAUAACACUUCAUUAAUUAAAACAACUUUAAAUUUAA